AUGGAAGAGGAUUACUACGCCGUUUUGGAGGUUGAUCGUGGAGCCGAUGGCGAAGUGAUUAAGAAAGCAUACCGGCGGCUUGCACUUCGCUGGCAUCCUGACAAAAACCCUAAUAACAAAGAAGAAGCAGAGCGCCGAUUCAAACUAUUAGGUGAGGCUUACGAAGUUCUCUCCGACCCCCAGAAACGUGAACUGUACGAUGUAUACGGCAAGGAGGGUAUCGUAAAUGGCGGCCCUUCCCGCAGGGGUACUGCGCGCUAUUCCACCGCGGACCCCUUCUUUGUACCGUUUGUAUUCCACGAUCCUAUGGACAUUUUCCGGGAGGUUUUCGGUGGCUCAGGACUUGACCAACUUUUCGGCUUCGCGUCCGCUGCUCCGGCUCAUCGUGUCCAUCGUUCUGCUACAACAGCUGCCAGCAAUGGGCGCCAUAAUGGCACUCCCUACUCUCGUCAACAAAGAAGAACUUCACACCACAACGAUGAUGUUAUUCGGCCUUAUGGUGGCGGACUUCUCGACAGCAUGUUUGGUGGCAUGUUUGGAUCCUUCUUUGGUGGCGGAUUGUCUGCCUUUGAUGCGUUCGACUCCCAAAUGGGUGGUGGCUUUACUUCUAUUAGCAGUUCUUCGUCGUUCGGUGGUGGGGGAGGAGGCUCCAUGCGGUCUGUUUCCUCCAGUUGCCGAGUCGAGAAUGGAAGAGUUGUUCGGGUCACCAAAGUACGUGAGAACAACGUAGAAACUGUUACAGAGGAGGUCGAUGGGCAGAUCGUCAACCAAACAACACGGGACUGCACUACUGGUGCGAUAACUAUCCUAUAA